AUGAUUCGAUUUGCUAAUUUGUAUUUUUGCUACCAUCAUCAUGUAUCGAACAUUUUUGAAAAUGUAUUAAUUUGUACCACCACACCCUUAGCCAAGAGUUUAUUCACUGUAUUUGACGAUUCUGAAGCAAAUGUAGGCUCUUCAUCAACAGAAAAUCAAGCAACAUCUGCUACUUUUAAUGAAGAAGGAUAUGCCAAUGAGAAGGAAAAGUAUUUAUUUGGUGACGAUACUGAGGACGAAGAAAUUAUUAACGAGAAAAUACCUCCUACACAACAACAAUAUUUAUCAUCAUCAACAUCACCAUCAACUAGGCCAGACAAAUUUGUUUCACCCCUUAAAAAACGAAAAAUGACAACAUCCCUAAAUGCUACACUUGAGAAUGGUUCUCAAACAACGGUUAUGACGAAUCAAGACCGAGAAGUAACCAAUCAAGAUCACCUUGAUACCAGCCACUCUUCCCUCAACAUCUCUCCACCCCCAGUGGCUUUUGGAUCUGAAAAUGACCAUGCUGAAAAUAUUUUAUUCAGUGACCACGUGAAUGAUGCGGAAGAAAAACCCGCGUCACCACACCUUCUCGAAGCUGGACUUUAUACAGGUAGAUCUAGAGAUAGAAAAAGUAGAGUUCAAAAUGCAUACUUGGAGAGUAAUCCAAUGCAAUUGUCACCGAUAAAACACUCUGUGGAAAGAAAUCAAGAUUUUGCCUCCAGUCGCAUCUCACAAUCUCCACUUUUGAAAUAUACAAUACCGUCACGUGGAGCCGACAUGAACUUGAGCUCUUUUGAUGUCACUAACACUUCUGCUCUCAAUAUCAGUAUUAGGGAGCGUGACGAAAUUAUUGAUCAAUUGAACAAUGAAUCUGAAAAUGAUCGAAAGAAGAUUAGAGAAAUGAAAGUAAUUGUAGACAAAUUGGAGAGAGAGAAUUCACAUUUACGAAACCAAACCGAGCUUUACAAGAAACAAUAUGAGGAAUUACUCAAUGUGGCGGAACUCGAAUCACACAACAAGAAUGAAGAAAUUACAAAAUUACAUGAGAAAGUUUCAGAACAACACAAAACCAUCCAAGAAUUGCAACAAACUAUAAGCUCCCAAAAAGACUUGAUGCUUGCCGAAAUUGAAGGAAAACUCUUGGAAAUUGAUAAAACAGUAGAAGCAUUUAAGAGUGAAAUUGUUCAGAAAGACUUGCAAAUCGAUAAUCUUGAGCGUCAAAAUAUGACAUUACAAAAGCAAAUUGAGGAGAUGCAAAAAUCAAGAUCUGAAGCAAUUCAAAAAUCUCAGUCACAACAGGUCGAGUACGAUAUGUUAUCACAAAAACACGAGACUCUUGUUUUCAAAAUUUCCCAACAAGAUAAAAAGCUUGAAGAGCUCAAUACAUUGGAAACUGAAAUUAAGAACUUGCGUAACGAGAUUGCACAACGAAAUGACGAAAAGAGAAGAAUUCGUGAAUUAGAAACUGAACUCCAAAAAGCCCAAUUAUCUUUAGAGUCUCAAGAAUUACUCAAAGAGAAAAUUCGAGAUUUGGAAUCACAAUUAAUGGCUAUUGAAACUUUAAAUGUACAAAAUGAGAAAUUGAAUACAAAAACUCUCGAAUUGGAGUCGCUUCUCAAGAGGUGGGAACAAACUUUUGUCGACUGUACUCCAGCAGAUGUUGAUUACAAACUCAAAACAUUUAAUUCCAAGUGCUCGCGGCUGGAGGAACGCAUUCAGGACUUGCUUACCGAAAAGAAUGACUUAUCGCAACAUGUCCAACGAUUAACAAAUGAAAUCACAUUCCGAGAGAGCGAAAUUACACAAUUAAGGAGCGAAAAUUCAAUUAUGCAAGAUAAAUUAACGAAUGCUGAAGUGAAGUUAUUCGGAGCGAAAAAGCAAUUAGAAAGUGCCACCAAAUUUGCACAUAUCAACGACAAGGAGGAGGCAUUCUCUACAGAAGACGACAAGAAUUCGUAUUACCUGCAACGAAUUACUUCUCUCGAACAAAUUAUUGAAGAAAAAGAUUCCAUUAUAAAGACAUUGACAGACAAAAUGGAAUCUCUACAGCUCACUGUUACCGACAAGCAAACCUCAUUGGAAACUCUAGAAAAAGAAUUUGAUCGUGUCAACACCAAACACAAUGAGUACAAACAAAAAUCAGAGGAUCUUCAGCAGCAAGUAGAAAAGUUGCAAAAGCUCCGUGAUGAAAUGGAACAUGAGAUUGCUCUUUACGAACAAAAACUAGGUCGUGGAGAGUAUAAUAAGGAAAAGAUCAAAAUUCUUCACAUGAAAAUCAAUCCAGAAACUGAGGCAAAGAAAUCUAGCUCCAAUGAUGUGGAAAGACUUAAAACUGAGAACAAACUCUUGCAUGAUGAAUUAGAGACACUGAGACAACAAUUAGAACGUUCAGGAGGCGCCACUAUCAACGAACAGGAAAUCAUCAAGCUCAAAGAAGAGAACGCUGAUGCACAACGUCGAAUUACCAAACUUAAAGAAGUUUUCCAAAAGAAAAUUAACGAAUUUAGAAAAUCUGUCUAUUUACUUUUCGGAUUUAGAGUGGACGUGAUGGAGACCAAUCGAUUCAGAUUAAGCAGCAUGUAUGCAGAAUCACCAGAAGAUUAUCUUCUUUUUGAGAGUGACGGAAAUGCCAUGAAAUUACUCUCCUCAGAAUUUGCAUGCUCCAUCGAUGAGAAAAUUAUGAAAUAUCUUUCACAAUUUCGAUCCAUUCCAGGAUUUUUGAGCUCUCUCACUCUCGAUUUAUUUAACAAACAAACUGUAUUUACCCAAUAA